AUGCCCCCUGGUGAACUUCCAGCCAGCCUGGUCGCUGGCAAGCCCACGCCGACGGUCAAUACGUCUGGUUACGGAGGCAAUUACCAGAAGAAUACGCCGACUUCUCCUGAAGACAGUUUGAUCCCAUUCGACUCCCCUACAACGCGCACAGGCGGUAAUCAUAGUCCACUUGGCCAAGAGGAACCUCGCUCGGGUCGAGGUCUUGAGCCAGAUCCAACCUCAUUUCGCGAGCGCUCCAACGCUCGGGAUCGAUCGCGUGCCAAUGGUCGACCUCACAAUAAAUCACCAGGCUCGUCGCGGGUAUGCCAGAAAUGUACAGAACCCUUAACAGGCCAGUUCGUACGUGCUUUAGGCGGCACAUUCCAUCUUGAGUGUUUUAAAUGCGAGGAUUGUGGGGAAAUCGUUGCCUCCAAGUUCUUUCCCGUGGACUCUGAGGAUCGGAGCUGCCAGUUCCCACUGUGCGAGAAUGACUACUUCCGACGAUUAAAUUUAUUGUGUCAUGAGUGCGGCGGCGCCCUUCGCGGAUCGUAUAUUACGGCCUUAGACCGCAAAUACCACAUCGAACACUUCACCUGCUCAGUAUGCCCAACGGUAUUCGGCGCUCAGGAUUCAUAUUAUGAACACGAGAGCAAAGUCUAUUGCCAUUUCCAUUACUCGACUCAAUUCGCACAACGAUGUCACGGCUGCCAUACUGCGAUUCUUAAACAAUUUGUCGAGAUCUUUCGAAAUGGCCAAAAUCAGCAUUGGCAUCCUGAAUGUUACAUGAUUCAUAAGUUCUGGAAUGUCCGCCUAGCUCCUGCUGGCCAAACCUGGGAACCUCCUCCAGUGGAUGUCGAUGCGACCCCCGAGGAACGGGAGCGUAUUCGGCAGGAGGAAGACAUGAUGGAAGAAAAGGUCUACAACAUUUGGAGCACACUCUCCACCUUCGAAGAGUCUUCUGCAGCUUGCAUAUCCGACAUGCUUUUACAUGUCAGUAACGGAGCAUAUUUCGACGGAGUCCUUGUGGCGAAGAGGUUCAUCGCUCAUGUUGAGAUCUUAUUCGCCGCUGUUGAUAAGCUGGCCGCUUUCAUCAAAUCUCACGGCGUGAAAGAGUUGACGUAUGGCCGGGAAGCGAAAUUGCUUUGCAAGAAAAUUGUGGCAUUUUUCGCGCUCUUAUCAAAGACCCAGGAGACAGGGGUUCAAAAGCUUGGUGUGACUCAAGAGCUUCUUUCGCUAGUGACUGGUCUUGCCCACUACUUGAAGCUUCUCAUCCGGAUUGGCCUCCAAGGAGCUCUCAAGCUCGAACGUGAACAAUCCGCCCCUGAUGGCUUGAACGAUUUUCUAGGUUACCUAGCAGACACUGCAUCACUCGCACCCCCUGACGAUGACGCCCCAGUCGAUCUUACAUUCGGCGUAGAGGGUCUCGCAGAUCAGCUCUCAGAUUGCUGUAUCAAGUGCAAAGAGCCUAUAGACGACGAGUGCAUUAUUUUGGACGAGAAACGUUGGCAUCUUAAGCCCCCUCAUGUCUCCUGCUCUUCAUGUGAAAAAGACUUGACAGUGGAUCUCUCUGAUGCCCUGUGGAGUGAGAGCAAGAAGAAUACCUACUGUUCAGCCUGUGCGAAUCAACAAAACGUCGCAUCUAGCGCCCAAGGCGGCUUUGCUCAUGUGACUAAGCUGCAGCAAUUUGUGUUCCUCUUACAAGUUGCCCUUGCUCGACUCCUCGCAGUACUUCGUGCCGGUGGAACAUUACCUCAAUCAUCAGAUGAUCCUAACUUCUAUGACCAUCAAAGCAAGGAUGGCCGCCGUGCCAGCAUCCGCCCGCAAUCAUAUGCAGGUGGCCGACAAGGCCAGGAGGAGUCGUCUCUGGAGCAGACCGUCGGUGAGAUGCGGCGCCUUCGCUCGAUUAGGAAUGAAAGGGCCUUGUCUACAACGUACAGGACAGCUCGUGCCUCCAGGAUUAUCGACGGUCCUGAGGGUAGAAGUGUUCGGCCCGGGUCUUCUGGUAACGAUGGGAGUGACCCCCGUGGUCCCGGGUUCCAGAUUGUCGAAGAGCGGGACGCCAAUGGUGAUACUGUGAAGGAUUUGACUUUCGGUGCUCAGGAUGCUCUGACCUUGGAUGACAUCCCACGUAUAGUUGCAGCUGAACAGGCUAAGGAACAGCGCCCCAAUGCUUACAAGCACGCUGGUUCAAAGCUGGUGGGAGUUCAGGAACCCAUGCCUGUCUACAAGCCCGGCCACCGGCAUGGUAUUUCGAGUGACGUCGACGCCCUGAUGGGACCGGCCAGCCGUGGCAAACGCUACUUUUCAGAACUCACUGCUCUAGAAUACUUUAUUGUUCGCCACGUCGCCGUUUUGUCCAUGGAGCCACUUUUGGAAGGCCAGUUCACCAUGGAGGAACUGCUCUCUCUUAUUGAAUCGCGAAAGCCAACUAUCUGGAACAUUUUCGGGCGUGCUUUCAAGGAUAAUAAGAAAGUUGGUAAGAAGAAGGGAGUCUUCGGUGUCAACCUUGACUUCUUGGUCGAGAAGGAAGGAACCGAGUCCAGUCAUGGGGUCGGUCCCGGAGCGUUACGAAUUCCGGCGCUCGUGGAAGAUUCUGUCUCUGCGAUGCGCCAGAUGGACAUGUCCGUUGAAGGUGUUUUCCGAAAGAACGGUAACAUUCGCCGCCUAAAGGAGAUCUCAGAAUUGAUAGAUACCAAGUACGAGCAAGUCGACUUGACCAAGGAGACUCCGGUACAGAUUGCUGCACUGUUGAAGAAAUUCCUUCGCGAAAUGCCUGAUCCUUUGAUGACAUUCAAACUACACCGUCUGUUCGUUACGGCGCAAAAACUCCCGGAUCCAGAGAAGCAGAAGCGAGUUCUUCAUCUUGCGUGUUGUCUGCUCCCCAAGGCCCAUCGCGAUACCAUGGAAGUUCUCUUCUCCUUCCUCAACUGGACCUCUUCAUUUGCGCAUAUUGAUGAAGACACUGGAAGCAAGAUGGACAUUCACAACCUUGCCACUGUGAUCACUCCUAAUAUCCUCUACCCCAAUACGAAGUCGAGCACAGUGGAUGAGAGUUUCUUAGCCAUCGAGGCAGUGAAUUCGCUCAUCACGUAUAACGACAAUAUGUGCGAGAUCCCGGAAGAUCUACAAUCCAUUCUCAGCGAUCCCACUUUCUUCAAGGAGAACGCUGAAGUGUCUACGAAGGAUAUCCUCAAGCGAUAUGGAGACAUUGCUCGCGGCAGCUUCUCGCAACGACCCGAAAAUGGAGGCGAGACAUUCACCAUCAACAACUCCAGCAAGCACAACAACAAUGCGACAUCAGCUCGUAUUGAAACUGAUCCGUCGCAGGAUGCUGCUUGGCAAAUGCAGAGCUCGGUUCGUCAUGUCCCUGGGCCAGGUGGUAGUCACUCGCAUUCAUCGAGUGCCGUAAAUCAAGCUGGGUUUGAUUUCGGGCCUAGUCCCCAGCCGGUCUAUCGCCAACGCAGUGCUAGCAAUGGUAGCCAACAAGAUGCGUCGGAGGGUCAACCGCAGGGCGUUCCUUACAGGCCUCGUCCAAGCGCUGGUGCCAUGGGCGUUACUGGCUAG